AGAGCUAGUUCACGUUACUUGGAGAGAGCAGUAAAGAAAAGGAGGAAAAGCAGCCGCUACCUGGAAGGACACGGGCUGUAGUUUUAUAUGUUGUGAUUAAAGAUUAUUUCCGCGUAAAGAAAACGACGAAUCCCAAGAAGGCAGUUAAAACAAUCAGUUCGCCCGGCCGACAGCUCUGCUCCAGCGGCUGUGUGAGUGAUGUGGUUGUGUACAGGUGCCUUCUUUUCAGCCUGGUAGUAGUGACGGGCGCGGGGCAGUCGUCCCAUGAGCUUUCUGUCAGCCUGACGUGAGCGCUGUGGGCCCAGGCCUGUUUUCUCUGGAUCAGUGCGUGUUCAGCACUGCAGUGAUGGAUCACCCCAGAGAUAAAGAAGGCGAGAGGCCGGCGAGGAGCAGCAAAGUGGCCCAGGGACGCAGCGGACACUCGCGGCCUUCAAGCUCCUCCACGUCCUCCGGUGUCCUCAUGGUGGGACCGAACUUCCGCGUGGGCAAGAAGAUCGGCUGCGGAAACUUCGGCGAGCUAAAACUCGGAAAGAACCUCUACACGAACGAGUAUGUUGCGAUCAAACUGGAACCCGUGAAAUCCAGAGCACCGCAGCUCCAUUUGGAAUACCGGUUUUACAAAACGUUAGGGAGCACAGCGGAAGGCCUGCCCCAGGUGUACUAUUUUGGGCCGUGCGGGAAAUACAAUGCCAUGGUGCUGGAGCUGCUCGGCCCCAGUCUGGAGGACCUCUUUGACCUCUGUGACCGCACCUUCUCCCUCAAGACAGUUCUAAUGAUUGCCAUUCAGCUGAUAUCCCGUAUGGAAUACGUGCACUCAAAGAACCUCAUCUACAGGGAUGUUAAGCCAGAGAACUUUCUCAUCGGUCGGCAAGGGAACAAAAAGGAGCACAUCAUUCACAUUAUAGACUUUGGCUUAGCCAAAGAAUACAUCGAUCCUGAAACCAAAAAACACAUUCCUUACCGGGAGCACAAGAGUCUCACUGGCACAGCGCGAUACAUGUCCAUAAAUACGCACUUGGGGAAGGAGCAAAGCCGGCGGGACGACCUUGAAGCCUUAGGUCACAUGUUCAUGUACUUCCUCCGAGGCAGCCUUCCAUGGCAGGGACUGAAGGCUGACACAUUAAAAGAAAGAUAUCAAAAAAUCGGGGACACAAAAAGGAACACUCCAAUUGAAGCUCUCUGUGAUAACUUUCCUGAGGAAAUGGCGACGUAUCUGCGCUACGUUCGGCGUUUGGAUUUCUUCGAAAAGCCUGACUACGAGUACUUGAGGACCUUGUUCACUGAGCUGUUUGAACGCAAAGGAUACACGUUUGAUUAUACGUACGACUGGGUCGGCAGGCAAAUUCCCACACCGGUUGGGUCCGUGCAUGUGGACUCCGGAGCGUCAGCCGUGACCCGUGAGAGCCACGCACACAGAGACAGACCUUCUCAGCACCAACCUUUAAGGAACCAGACGGCCUCCUCCGACCGCAGAGGAGCAUGGGAGGUGCAGCCCAACCGGCAGGCCAACUCUUACCUGACCUCCCACCUGGCAUCGGACAGGCACGGAGGCUCAGUGCAGGUGGUGAGCUCAACUAACGGCGAGCUGAACGCAGACGACCCUCUGGCGGUCCACUCCAACGCUCCGAUCACAGUGCAGGCGGAGGUGGAAGUGAUGGACGAAGCAAACUGCGUGAAAAUGCUCAACUUGUGGUGCUGCUGCUUCUUCAAGAGGAAGAGGAAAAAGAACACCGCUCGGCACAAAUGAUCCGUUCUACCCGCUCCACCCAGCCCGGUUUUAAGAACGUUCAAUAAAGAAAUUUUAUUCAAAAGAAGACAACAAUGCCCUCAAAAUGAAUCGCCUCAAAGGGACCUGCCUGAGAGAGAGAAUUGAGAUAUGCACAUAUCGUGUAACGUGGAUGCAGGGCUCAUGGACAGUUUCCUUGUAUCGGAUCAUACACACAAACGCAUUCAUUUGGAUCUCUAAGCACUGGAACAGCAUUGCACUCCUUUACACUUCUCGUUUAGUUUCUUUAUCUGUUUUUUGUUUUGUUUUGACCCCCCCCCAAAUCCAUCUGUCGUGCGAGAGGCGAGGUUCUCGGAUGGAGCCCUCUCGUGUCCUGCAUUUUUGCGACAGACCCAGCAGCCCAGGAGGGGAUUUUGGAGGGAGUUUCACUUGAACAGAGGAGCUUCAUCCACACUGGAGUUCAUAUAUCCAUCCUUUUGCGCCGCCUGCUAGCUUUCACUACUUCUGUCCUCUGCAUUUUCUGCUCCUCCUGACCGUCGUGGCAUGGUCAGAGCCUUAGAAAUUUUUCGUGCAUCUUUGGGACAGAGUCAGCAUAAACGUCGUUAAAAAAAAAAAAAGAAGAAACCCUAACUUUCUUAACAUAAAGCUAACAGGCCUUCGCUUGUCGACUCUGUAAAUGUGUAAAAUAAGCAGCCAAGUGUAAAGUGACAGCGUUGUAUUCAUGGCCGUCGACCCCCGUGCUGAUCCGACACGCUGCCCGGCUCUGUCCUGAGGGACGAGGAGAGCGUCGAGGUCCGAUGCUCGGUCCGAGACCGAGAGCUUCAGCACAUUCCCCAGUUCUACUGAAUGCUAUUUAAGCUGCUUGUUCUAAAGCACUCCACCCACUCCGACCUGCCAGCCAGCCAUGCUGCUUUCUCCUCUUGUGAUAUCGUAUCGCUUUAACGUGAAACUGACUUUUCUAUUAGCUGGAAUUCAGAGCUGAACUCGCCAGCGAGAUGCUCCAUGGUUCUCUUUGUAUCAAACAUUUUAUUUUAUUUUGUUUAGUUUUUUCCUCGUAAUCGUCUUAUUUUUCACAACCUAUUCCCUGGUUUAAAUGUGGCAUUUUUCUUACUUUUUUUUUUUUUUUUUACAUACUAUGAUAAUUGUUGUUAUUAUUAUUAUUAUUAUUAUCCCAUGUAAAUGGAAAUGAUUGCUGACGAGAAUAAUUAUUUAAUGCACCCACACUGAAAUCCAGUCAGUCAGUGGGUGAAGUUUUUUUUUUUUUUUACGUCCCUUUAGUAUGCAUUUCUGCACACACCACAUGUCUAUAUGAACAGAGCGUCCGAAUAGGGUAACGGUUAAUAGGAAGCUUGCUAACAUUCGUAACGUGUAAUAAUGGCUGUUUAUGAAGUGUUUCCUUGCCUCUUAGUAGUUUUUUUUUUUUUUUCCCCCUUUCGGGAAGGCAAACUGAUGGGAACUCAAGCGCUGUUUUAGAGAAAGACUCUCAAACUGCCAAUGCUAAACGUCUCAUCUCAAUGCCUUAACUAACACUACACAGCGGGGCUGUUUCACCCGGUUCUGCAUUAAGACACUACAGAAUUUCUGUCUCUUUUGUCACCUAUUAUUCUCAGUAACGUAGUAAUCUAAGGCCCCUUAAAGUAAAAAAAAAAAGAAAAAACAGAUCCAAAUGAACCCGACUUCAAUAUAAAAACCCAGUGGAUCCUCAGUGCAUACCGUAAAUCACUAGGUAUAACGUUUGUAUUUUCCUUACUGCUCCAUCACAGGUAGGCCCGUGAUCUCUUCGAUUGUAGGAUGAGGCCACCGUUAGAGCACAUGAAGUCUAUAAAAAAACACAGUUUUAGUAUGUAGGGUCAGUUCUGAAAAGAGCUCAUCUAAAAUUUCACACUGAUCCGAAUCAGGUUCGUAAAACAGUCUUGUGCUCCAGAAAUGGAUUUUCUUUACAUCAAUUAAAUGUACCUAAAGAGUUUUUAUUUUAAUUUUUGCAGAAAGUGACUUCGAAGGAAUUCCUUUUUUUUUUUUUUUUGGCCCCUCCAUUCAUCACAUUGUGUGCAGGAUAAUUCAGUGAUUUUGUGGUUUUUAAAUGUACAGUAAACGUGAAUUGAUGAGUAUAAAAAAUUCUACUUUUUUUUAUAGAUUUUUUUUUUUUUCAUUUUGGUUUUUCAUUAUCUGGCCAUACACAAUUUGGGAAAAGAGUGAGUGUGUGUGUGUGAGAGAGUGAGAGAGAGCGAGAGAGAAAACCAUGGAAGAUUGACUGCACUACACUUUCACUACCUUCAGUCCUUUUUCCUCUAAUAUUUCUAGAAAUUUCUGAUUGAGUAGCAGAAUGAUAACUCAGCUGGAAUACAAAGCGGGCGUGGUCUAUAAGAAAAAGGUAACUUCUUUUAAAAGAUCCUGAUGGACCUAUCGGACUGAAAGAAAAAUAAGGAUGAUGUUUGGCUAAGUUCUGGUCUCAUGGUUUUAGUGUAUUUCCGGAAUUAUUCAUAUGAAAGCAUGGAUCGACUAAAACCCGGUGUUGUUGCAGCUGAGAAAGAGAUGUCGGUGUUUGUGGAAACAAAGUAUCAAGAACAGGAAGCUUGCCAUCGAACCAGUGCAUAUGCAACAUGCAUUGUGAGCAAUACAUUAAAUGCUUGGCUUAUCAAGAUUUUAUAUAUUUUUUUUGCUUUAAUAUUAAAUCUCGCAAUAGUCCUGUGCAACUCAUCCCUUCACUUCGGUUCUAAAUUAUUUUUAUGGAAAGUACUUGAAUCCCUCUAACACCGUUUGAACUCCAGUCGCUGAAUCUCUCCCAGGGGUAUCUAAGGAGAGGCUUCUUUCAUAAUUUUUUUUAAGCUGUUAUUUCUUGUAUUUGCAUAUGAUGUGCCUCCACGUGAAUGUUUGCUAGGAGUUUAGCGUUUGUUUUGGACGGGUCGCUCCUUGCUGCGCUGCUGUCGGGUGUGCCUGUGCGCUCGCUUAAGGGAGAAUGACUUUGAGAGAAAACAAGUCUAUACACUUUUUCUUCUUCUAUCCCACGUCUUUCGUUUCCCUUUGCCAGCUUUCAGAAUUUCAGGUUGUUAACACGUCUGUGUGCUAGAUUUGCUCGAAUACAGGAUCAGUGUUAUUAAAUGUAAGGUUCAGAUGAGUAAAAUAUCCAGAUCUGUGAUCAUGUUUUUGGGAUUUGUUUGUUGAAGUUUAUUUUUAUUUUUAUUUUAAGAUGGUUAGGAAUCAAGGCAGGGCCAUUUAGAAAAAAUGUUUCGGGGUAGGCAAAGGGAGCCAUCUUCUGACCAGUUUCACUAAAAUGAAAUCAUGUUUUUAAAAUUAAUAAAAUGAAAUAAAUAAAUGAAUAACACUAAACAUUGAAAUUCUUGACAUUUUGUGUAUCGAGACGCCGGUCAUUUUUACUGGCCUCUUAACCGACGCCGGCGUACUGACUACUAACCGAUUUCAAAACUUUUGUAAAGCAGCCAGGUUUCAUGCUAAUCAUACAGCAGUAUAAAGGUGGGAAAUAAACUGUAUUUAUCCUCAGAAUAAAGUAAAACAACCCUGUGCUUUAUAGAGGCUCUUAAUCAUAGUUCCAUUUGCAUCAUUGUAAUGGUCUCUUGAAGGGUUAAAACAACAGAUUUAAAAAAAAAAAAAAAAACAUUAAGUGAUUAUCAUUAGGCAUAGAGGGUUCAGUAUUUCUGCAGUUUCUACUACGCAUGGCUUAUGAGUAAGAACGCAGCGGUAAAUACACUGAGACGGGGCUUUAGGAUAUUUGAUGUACAGUCUGAGCAUGACCUUUCUACACUUUCUGUUCAGUCGCAAUCGUACAGCUUGUGUAAAAGCUGCUUUCAGUUUUGAACAUCUAAGCUUUAGUCCUGCAAGUAUUUUCUAGCUCCAUGUUUUUUUUGGGGGGGAUCGGCAUUGCUGUCCAUCAUCGUUGGUUUUAAUCAGUGUGAAAAUCUAAUGUGAACAAAUGCAUAGAUCUGCUUAACGAAACAGCACAUUGUUUCUUUAACAGAGUUCGGCUUGAUCAGCGCUACAGUACUCUAGUUAACGUCCAUAUUUUAUCACUACGUUUUUUUUUUUCCUUCAGUGUUUCUUAAACGAUUCUGUGAUUUUUAUUUUUUUAUUUUUAUUUUUUUUCUUUCCCCCGAGUAAUGAAAUUUUGACUUGUACAGUACUGUAAUUCCCUUUUCCGGUUCUGGUCAUAUUUAAGGAAAAAAAACAAAAAGAAAGGGAAAAAAAAUCCUCUCAUGCAUUGAAUCUGAAGUCAUAAGUCUGUGCUGAAAUAUGAAUGUUAAUGCAUUUGAAUGGUUUCGUUUAGUCAAGGGCUUUCGGUGACGAGGGACCCAUCCUUGUUUUUCCGGUUGUCUUUUUCUUUUCUUUAUGCAGAAAGAAAAUUGUCUUAAAGGCUAUUUUUCCUGAGGAGUCAUAUGAAGUACCACAUAUAACCUUUCAAAUACAAUUUUUAUUCCCUCCACUCUAAAAGGGAAACUCAAGUUUGCACCCUUUUUUAUGUAAAAUAAAGGAAAUUGUCUCAA